UGACAGAUCGUGUGGUGGGGGAAUCUUCAAUGACUGGAAACUUCUCGAAUAAGAAUCGUCGAGAAACGUGUUUUUGUGAUUAUUAAGUGCCGGUCAAAAUGGAACAAGUCGCCGCUUUGAAAGACAAAGGCAAUGCCGCACUGGCCGCCAACAAGUUCGAAGAGGCAAUCAAACACUACACCGAAGCCAUCAAACUCGACCCCUCGAACCACGUCCUGUACUCCAACCGUUCCGCCGCCUUUGCCAAAGCCAACAACCACGAAUCGGCUCUCGAAGACGCCAACAAAACGGUCGAACUGAAGCCCGACUGGGCCAAGGGCUACUCGCGGAAGGGGGCUGCCUUGGCCUACCUGGGGCGCCUGGACGAGGCCAUCGCCACGUACGAGCGCGGCUUGCAGAUCGAGCCCGCCAACCCCCAGCUCCAGGAGGGGCUGCAGGAGGUCAAAGCCCAGAAAACAGCCAAGGGGUUCCCCAAUCCUUUCAACCGACCUGACCUCAUGGAGAAGCUUCGCGGGGACCCCCGGACCAAGCCCCUGCUCGAUGACCCCAACUACGUCGCGACGCUCCACAUGCUCAAAACAAACCCCAAUCUCCUCGGCCAGAAACUACAAGACCCCAAUAUUUUGACCACGUUGAGUGUCUUGAUUGGAAUCGAUCCGGGGGAAGAACCGAUGGAGACCGAACCGGUGUACACGCCACCGAAGAAGCCCGAACCGAAGAAAGAACCCGAGCCGGACUUACCCGAGAACAAGAAACUGGCGAAAGCGGCGAAGGAACAAGGGAAUGAAUUUUACAAAAAGAAGAAUUUUGAAAAAGCGAUCGAGUUUUAUAAUCAGGCGAUUGAACACGAUCCCACCGAUAUCACGUUUUAUAAUAAUUUGGCGGCGGUUUUUUUCGAACAGAAGGAUUACGAUCGAUGUAUUAAGGAGUGCGAGAGGGCUAUUGAUAUAGGGAGGGAGAAUAGAGCCGAUUUUAAAUUAAUUGCAAAGUCGUUUCUUAGGAUUGGGAAUGCGUAUAAGAGACUAAAGGAUUAUCAAAAUGCGAAAAUUUAUUACGAAAAGUCAAUGUCCGAACAUAGGACGCCUGAAAUUAAAACUCUGUUGUCCGAUGUUGAGAAGAUUAUCAAAGAAGAGGAACGGAAAGCUUAUGUUAAUCCAGAAUUAGCUGAAAAAGAGAAGGAAAUUGGUAAUGAAUUAUUUAAGAAAGGUGAUUACGCCACUGCCGUCAAACACUACACCGAAGCCAUCAAACGCAACCCAGAAGACGCCAAACUGUACAGUAACCGUGCUGCCUGUUAUACAAAACUAGCUGCCUUUGAUCUUGGUUUAAAAGACUGCGACAAGUGCGUUGAGCUCGAUCCGAAAUUCAUCAAAGGUUGGAUCCGAAAAGCACACAUUUUGCAAGGAAUGCAACAACCGACCAAAGCCAUGUCAGCUUUCCAAAAAGCGCUCGAAAUCGAUCCGAAUAAUGCCGAAGCUAUUAACGGAUAUAGAGCAUGCAGUAUAGAAAAUGCGAGCGGUUCAGGUGAUCCUGAAAAGAUAAGACAACGUGCGAUGGCUGAUCCUGAAGUUCAGUCGAUUUUGAGAGAUCCCGCAAUGAGGAUGAUCUUGGAACAGAUGCAAAAUGAUCCAAGAGCUUUGCAAGACCACUUAAAGAAUCCUGAUAUAGCUGCAAAGAUACAAAAGUUGCUAGAGUCGGGGCUUAUUGCUAUUCAUUAAUUUUUGGUUUAGUGAUGAGGAACGUGCGAUUAUGUUUGUGUUGAAUAGCGAUCGAAGCGCAUUUAGAGUGGUUGCAGUAUCCAGCGUUUGAUCUUUUUACUUAGCUUAAUAACCGUUUAAGUAAUAAAUUUACGUUUUUAAAGCA